AUGUCAGACAGCGAUAGCGAUGAGCUACAGUUCAUCUCCUCCUCCUUCCAAGGCAAGCCCAAGCAGAGGAAACCACCCAGAGACCGAGCAGACGAAAGCAUGGACACGACUCCCAAGCCCAAGAACCGAAAGGCGAUGGGGGGCAGAGGCAAGAAGGCCAGCCAUGUAGCGAGCACGCCUACUACACAGUCUGAUCUCACUACCUUUGGCUUCUCGGGUAGCAGAGCUGCACGUGAUGAGCAAGCUGGCUCGCCGAAGACCAAUGCGAAAGCCAGACCCAUCCCGACCGGCAAGCAGACGGUCAGUGACAGAGCUGCCUUGCCACCAGCACCGCGUCGCCGUACCCUCCCCGGCGCUUCCGAGCUCAUCACGCUCGACGAAUCGGAUGAUGAAACAUCAGAAGCACAUGCGUGUGCAGUAGUAGUUGUCGCAGAUAACCCCACAUCCUCCCGCCCACCAGAAGCAGGUCCAUCUCGUCACACUGUCAAGAGGCCAUCUUCGCAGAUCGUGCAGGACGAGGAAUAUGCUCGCCAGCUUGCCGAUGUGCGCACGCCCUCACCGCCGCCACAGUCGAAGCGAGUCAAACAAGAUUCUGCUAGCACUUCGCCGAAUGGCAAAGAGCGCGUCUCUCAUCAUCCCAUCUUCUCAAGUGGGGCCAGCGGCCGCCAGUCUGAGCCUCAACGGCCUGGACAGUCGAGUCUCAACGCCGACACGAGCAUGAAGCACGAGGACGUCAAGCGCGAAACGAUAGGAUCAGUCUCGGUUCUAGGCGCCGCCAUUGCGCCAGGCUCGGAGAUCAGCUACCCACUCCAAAGGGACAUCUUUGAUUUCCUGCCAUCGCGCGAUAUUGACACCUCCAGCUGGCCUCGACAGAAUGGCAAAGUCAUCGUGCCCUACGCUUUCCUGACAGCUGCAUUCGUCCUCAUCGCUGCAACGCGCAGCCGGCUCGUCAUCGUCACUCUCCUGACAAAUGCCCUGCGAACCAUCACACAUUUUCAGCCAGACGCGCUCCUGCAUGCCGUCUAUCUGACGACGAACCACGUCGCGCCCAGCUACGAAGGCAUCGAGCUAGGAAUCGCGGGCACGGUCGUCACGAAGGCCAUAAAGACCGUCUCGAAUGCCGGUCCGGGGGAGCUCAAGAAGCUGUGGACCAAGCACGGCGAUAUGGGCGACGUCGCGUUUGAGUGCAAAGCUCGUAUUCGUACCAUCGUACCGACCGCGCCGUUGACGAUCUCUGGUGUCUACAAGAGCCUUGUCAAGCUUGCUGGCUUGCGGGGUCCAGGCAUGACACAGACCAAGAGCGACAUCGUCCAGAAGAUGCUCGUCUCGGCACGCGGUGAGGAAGUCCGCUUUCUUGUGCGAACCUUUGUGAGCCAUCUGCGCAUCAAUGCAGUCAGGCUCACCGUCACCGCAAGCUUGGCGCGAGCUUUCUGCUUGACGGACUCGCGUCACUCCGAAGAAGAGGAGUUCGCUGCUCUCGCUGCCACGGCCCGACACAAGCGAGCUGCCUCAUUCGAAUCUUCCUCCAGCCUUUUCUGGAUCCCUGUUGAUCGUCGCCAAGGACUGCGAGCAACCGCAAAGACGGUCAAAGAGGGUAAAGAUCUGCCGGCGCGUCUGGCGUUGAUGCAGACCCUUGCCGCAGCCGAAAGGACAGUCAAGACAGUUUACGUUCGUCAUCCGAAUUACAAUCAUAUCGUACCUGCUCUUCUAGAGACUGGCUUAUCCGGACUGGCUGAAGCCGUACCCAUUGCCAUCGGCACGCCGCUAAAUCCCAUGCUCGGACAGAUCACGCGCGACCUCGGCGAUGUUGCCCAACGGCUGGCUCCGAAUCGACCAUUCGUUGCUGAAUGGAAGUACGAUGGUCAACGCGUUCAAAUACAUGCGCGUACACGCGAGCCUGGUGAAAAGGUCAACGCAGAUCCCAUUACUGUCAAAGGCAAAGGCGGGAAAUGGGUAGGCGACGAUAACUCGGUCUAUGUGCGACUCUUCUCUCGCCACCUAGAAGAUAUGACCGAGAAAUAUCCGGACAUCCUCGCGCUGGUGCCAACCAUGCUGAAUGCGACAGCAGCGCGCAAGUCGGCCGGAGAGCCGGAGCAUGUCGAUUCAUUCGUCAUGGAUGCAGAAGUCGUGGCGAUCGAUGUAGCCAGCGGUGCUUUGCAGACAUUUCAGGCAUUAGCAGGUCGAGCGAAGAAGGACGUCCAGCUUGGUGAGGUCAAAGUGAGGGUUGGCGUCUUCGCGUUUGACCUGAUGCAGCUCAAUGGUGUAUCAUUACUGGAGCAGCCGUUCCGCAGACGACGCGACCUUAUCAAGAAAUUGCUGCCGCCUCGUACGCCAGACGAUCUCAAGCUAGCCCGUUUCGAUCACGUCAAGUCACUCGAAGGCUCGACUGCUGAUCUUGAGCCGAUAGCCGAAUUUAUGGCUGAAGCGAUUAGCAACCGCUGUGAAGGUCUGAUGAUCAAAGUCCUUGACAAUGAACCUGUCGACAGUCUCGCCAUACAGACUGAGCCUGCACAUUCUGACGACGACGGCAUAUCGGAUUCAGACGAGGAGAGCAAAGCGCAUCUCUCACCCCAAAAGCCUGGUCGUAAAAAGGCUCUGCUUUCAACAUACGAGCCCGACAAGCGGGCAGACAGCUGGCUAAAAGUCAAGCGAGACUACGGCGCCCUGGGAGAUUCUCUCGAUCUCGUUCCAAUCGGAGCUUGGCACGGGCAAGGACGGAAAGUGGGAUGGUGGAGCCCCAUAUUGCUCGCGCUUUACAAUCCGGAGACAGAAGGAUUCCAGGCGGUCUGCAAGUGUAUCAGUGGCUUCACGGACGAGUUUUACAAGUCCUUGAACGAAAGAUACAAGCGAGACUCGGACAAUUGCUCCAGAACCCGCCUAGCCACCAUCGAGCCCGGCGGUCUUCAUCCAGACUAUUGGUGGGAGCCAAGUGAGGUUUGGGAGAUCCGCGGUGCAGAUCUUACACUCAGUCCAACGUACAACGCAGCGCAAGGACUCAUUUCAGCAGAACGAGGGCUGAGUCUCCGUUUCCCUCGAUUUAUCAAAGUCAGAGACGAUAAGUCGAUAGAGCACGCCAUGACCCCACAAGAUCUUGCUGCGGCUUACGAACGUCAGACGGCGGGUCAGCUCAACGGGCAUUCGUCGCAGAAUCCGGUCAAGUAA